AUGGCCAACAAUCGCCUCAUCGAAUCCUGGACCUGGUUUGCCGUCUCCAGCGUCGUCGUCUUCUGGCGAUAUGCCUCCCGAUGUAUGCUCCUCGGGGGCUUCCGGGGCCUGAUGCUGGAGGACUAUGUGAUGUUCCUGACCUACGCCUUCUACACCAACUUCAUCGUCUGGGUCAACAUCCAGGCCCAGUACCCCGAGACCAACAUCCUGCCGCCCACGGGGAUGCAGGGCCUGACCGCGCUGGAUAUCCACGACCGCGUCUACGGCAGCACGAUCACCUUUGUCCUCGAACAGUCCAUGAUCGUGGUGCAGUGGGGGUGUAAGACAUGCAUGAUCCUGGUCUACUACCGACUGACACUGGGCACGCGGAUGUCCAAGUACGUCAAGAUCCUGAUGGGAUACAUCGCGCUGGGCUUCGUGGUGGUGGAGAUCUUCUACUACGGCGUCUGGUGCCGGCCGUUUGCCGACUACUUCGCGGUCAAAGAAGACAACAACGUCCAGUGCGAAACCGCCCAGCACCAUCUCAUCAUGUCCUACGUCUUCAACGUGAGCUCGGACGUGUUGAUGCUGUGCAUCCCCUUGCCGGUCAUCCUGCAUCUGCAGUUACUCUGGAAAAAAAAACUGGCGCUCUGCGCAGUGUUCAGCCUGGGGAUAUUCGUCGUCAUCGCGGCGACGCUCAGCCGGUACUACUGCUUCGCGCACCCGGACAGCAUCCUGUGGAUCUUCUGGUACGUGCGCGAGGCCAGCACGGCCGUCAUCGUGGCCAACGUGCCCAACUGCUUCACCCUCGUGCGCCGGCUCGUCCAGCUGCGCGGCGUCACCCUCUUCGGCACGUACGUCUCCCUCUGCCGACGAUCCUCCCCGGGCCUCGACAGCGCCCCCGUCGCGGUCCGCCCGUCCGGGGAGCGCAACGGGUUGCAGAUCUGGCAGCACACCCAGCUGGCGAUGGAGGAGGAGCGCAUCGAGGGCCCGAUGGCGCCGGGCGGCUUUGGCGUCUACGGGCUGCAGACGGGGGGCAUCGCGACGGUGGCCACGGGCCCCGGGGAGCCCUCCAAGGAAUAG